AUGUCUAAAGGCACAGUGGUUCUGGCCUACAGUGGAGGACUGGACACCUCCUGUAUCUUGGUGUGGUUGAAGGAAGAAGGAUAUGAUGUCAUCACAUACUUGGUAAGGGACAAGCCCAAGGAAGUAUCUGUGGGACAAGUGUGUGUGCGACAGGUGGGGGCAAUAUAACUUGGAGUUGGUCAGCACACAGCCAUCCAGUUGGUGGGGUGCUCUUGUUUAUUGUACAUCAGCCUAUUAGAGUCUAAAUAUUUCACUGGUGUCCUGGUCAUGGCAGCUGAAACCCCAAUGAAUGUUAAUUUGAUGCAGUUCUAGAAAGGAUGGAUACAUUUUGCCUCGUAAUGUGUUAACCACCACAAGAGUGCUAUCUGUCUGCAUAAAGCUUGCGCAAAACUGGCUGGAUUAAUUUUUUGCCCUUAGGCCAGUUCAGAACUCUUCAUUCAGUGGCUGGCUAAAGAAAGGGGUGCAAGGGUACUGCGCCUCCUGUUGGUGUUGGGAUUAAUCAUUUGGAGGGAGAAUAGAAAGAUGGGCACUGUACCAAUGGGUAACCUGUUUUUCUUAUUGAAAUCCCUAAAGUAUGUCUGCUCUUGUGUUAUGUUGUGAUAGAAAACCUCUAUAAAAACAAGCAGCCAAACAAGCAGUCUGAAGACCACAGAGGCAGACAUAGGCAUACCUCAGUUACGUAGAACAAUGGCUUGUUCCAACAACAACAAAAAAGUUGGGGGUUGUGUUUUAGGCUUGGGCGGGAUCCAGAUUUUCAUGCAUCAUACUGUUCUUCUGCUAUCCUGGGAUUUACGGGUAUUACUGGCAUGGCAUGUAAGGGGGUGCUAAAAACGAACAAAAAGCCCAUUGGGUGUCUUUUACCCGAAUGCUAACACAAUUAGUAUAGCUAAUAGCCAUUUUUGGUGAGUGUGGCCAUUUACAAGUGAAAGUGAACGAGAGAAAUUGUGCAAAUUAACAAAGUUGUGAUUUUUAUUUAUUUAUUUAACCUUUAUUUAACUAGGCAAGUCAGUUAAGAACAAAUUCUUAUUUACAAUGACGGCCUACACCGGCCAAACCCGGACGACGCUGGGCCAAUUUUGCGCCACCCUAUGGGACUCCCAAUCAUGAUGCAUGCUUGGGCACCAAAACAGCAAAGAACCCUCCGUUUGCCUGCUCACUCCGCACCUAAUUUUCCCGACUGAGCUGGGAUUCGAACCAGUAACCCAAACCCUUGUCCUUAGAUGUCUUGUUAUCUAUUCUACUUUGGUUGGAUUUGUUAAAUCUUACUUUAUGAGUUACCGGAAAGAGAAAAACACAUUUGUUAAUCUCAGCAGAAAAAUCUCCAUGAUAUUCAUGGAGCAGCACUCCAUGAACUGCUAGACUGUGUGGAAGCAUGUCAGUUGCAUCGGCUCAAUGGACGUGAUCUGAAUGUUAAAAUGGUGGGUGAUGGGACUUCAGCAGCAAGCAAUGGCUCAGGUCCCUGGGGAGAUAGACCGGGGAUGAAGACACAGGAAAUGAUGUGGAGACUGGAUACAGUAAAUUAAUUAUGAACCAUUUAAUUGUGUUUCUGUGCAAAGCUUUGUUGCACAGAUGGGGUUUUUGGUUUGCUCGUGUAUUCUUGACUUUAAUAGGGAUGUUGACAUGGUUUGCUUUCGAUUGAGGCUGUGACAAGGUCUGUUGUCAUGGCAACCAGGGCUCUGAUUUCCUGACUUUAAGUGCUUUGUAAACAUGAUAAUGAAGUUUGGAGAACAUGACCAAUUUCUACCUUUUUCACUGAAACACUUUUCUCUGAACAGCACAUAUCAGCUGUGGUAUGCUAUUUUAGGCACCAGUUGAUUAGUUGUAACUAAAACUCUCUUGCAGGCUAAUAUUGGACAAGAAGAGGACUUUGAUGCUGCAAAGAAGAAAGCAGAGCGUCUUGGAGCAAGGAAGGUAAAAAGCCUGAGCUGUCAUGACAUUGGGAAGACAAAGUAGCAUAGUGGUGUGGAAGACACGGCUGGAACAUUCUGUUCUGACUUGUGUUAGUUAGUGUCUUAGUGUAGACCACAUUUUUGCAAUGGCAAAGUUGAUUUUGUUAAGGUAAAAGAGGAGACUAGGAUCGGGUCGAAGUAAACGUUUUAAUACAGAGAUUUUGGGGUACAGGUAGUCGUGAAAAUGCAAAGCUUGAUAGCACCAGAGGCUAAAAAGCCAAGGCCAAUAGCAUUGUGGCUAAAAAAGCAUGUCUAAAAGGAGAUCAUUAUUCUGAGUCUCAAGAUUAAAUAGUCAUUCUGAGUUACGUAUACAUGCAUUAUUACAGAAACGGAUACAAAUUCCAAUUGAAAAUGAGAACAGUGAGACAUUUGCUACUUUGGGUACAGAGAGUGAUGUUGAGCCACUUCAAGGUUGAAUUGUCAGUUCCUGAGGCCUAGAAUUAUGUGUCCUGACAUCUGGGUCACAGGGUUAUGGGAAAUCAAUGAAGCAGGUAAAUCAUAUUAUGAUUGUAAGCAAAGAUAUGUGAGGAUAUGACAUCUGGGUCGUUGUCUUCUCAGCAGCUAACACUGGCAGAGGUCCACACUCUUCUACUCUUUCUGCCUUACUCUUGCCAUGAAGAUUUGCAAGCAAAAGUUUGUCAAAGCAAAGCCAUUGCAGGUUAACUAAAUUGACAGUGUUUGUUUGAGGAUUGUCAAGGGAGCAUUUGAAAUAUUGAUGUUAUAGCAUGGUCCUGUACUGUAGCCAACUAGUUGUCAAGCCAUACAUAUCAUGAAUCAAUUUCAAUAAAUUCAACUGACAUCAGCCUUCAUGACUGUUUAUUACUUAUUAAUGAUAGAGUUAUAGGCUUUAAGAUGAAUGGUUCAAGUGUAACCUCCCUCGAAGUAUAGGUGUUCAUUGAGGACCUGAGGGCAGAGUUUGUGGAGGAGUUCAUUUGGCCAUCGGUCCAGGCCAACGCCAUCUAUGAGGACCGCUACCUGCUGGGCACCUCGGUGGCCCGGCCCUGCAUCGCCCGCCGCCAGGUCCAGAUAGCACGCCAGGAGGGCGCCCAGUACGUCUCCCAUGGCGCAACGGGAAAGGUGAGGGGUCAAUCAACAAGGAGAGAGCAGAAAAAAGCCUGGAAAGGCUAAGUGAAACCAUGAGCAUAUUGUUUACAUUGCUCAAAGUUAAUUUUAGAAUAUUGAUUUUGGAUGUUUGUCUCUGUAAAAACCCAAAAUGGUUUCCCAAUAGUCACAUUCAAAUGAAAUGAUUAACUGAGCCCUCAGCUCGCAUUAAUUAGCCUGCUAGCAGAUACUCAUAGACUUCCAGUCAUUGUGCAAACGCUUGUUAGCAUUGGUUCACGAAACUACACUGAACAAAAAUAUAAACGCAACAUGUAGUUUUGGUCCCAUGUUUCAUGAGCCAAAAUAAAAGAUCCCAGAAAUGUUCCAUAUGCACAAAAAGCUUAUUUCUCUCAAAUGUGCACAAAUUAGUUUUCAUCCUUGUUGGUGAGCAUUUCUCCUUUGCCAAGAUAAUCCAUCCCACCUGAUAGGUGUGGCAUAUCAAGAAGCUGAUUAAACAGCAUGAUCAUUACACAACACAAUGCCACAGAUGUCUCAAGUGUUGAUGGAGCAUGCAAUUGGCAUGCUGACUGCAGGAAUGUCCAUCAGAGUUGCCAGAGAAUUGAAUGUUAAUUUCUCUACCAUAAGCCACCUCCAACGUCAUUUUAGAGAAUUUGGCAGUACGUUUAAACGGCCUCACAACCGCAGACCACGUGUAACCACUCCAGCCCAGGACCUCCAAAUCCGGAUUCUUCACCUGCAGGAUCGUCUGAGACCAGCCACCCGUACAGCUGAUGAAACUGGGGGUUUGCACAACCGAAUAAUUUCUGCACAAACUGUCAGAAACCUUCUCAGGGAAGCUCAUCUGCGUGCUCGUCGUCCUCACUAGGGUCUUGACCUGACUGCAGUUCGGCAUCAUAACCGAAAUCAGUGGGCAAAUGCUCACCUUCGAUGGCCACUGGCACGCUGGAGAGGUGUGCUCUUAACAGAUGAAUCCCGGUUUCAACUAUACCGGGCAGAUGGUAGACAGCGUGUACGGCGUCGUGUAGGCGAGCAGUUUGCUGAUGUCAACAUUGUGAACAGAGUGCCCCAUGGUGGGGUUAUGGUAUGGGCAGGCAUAAGCUACGGUCAGCGAACUCAAUUGCGUUUUAUCUAUGUCAAUUUGAAUGCAUAGAGAUACCGUGAUGAGAUCCUGAGGCCCAUUGUCGUGCCAUUCAUCCGCCGCCAUCACCUCAUGUUUCAGCAUGAUAAUGCAUAGCCCCAUGUUGCAAGGAUCUGUACACAAUUCCUGGAAGCUGAAAAUGUCCCAGUUCUUCCAUGGCCUGCAUACUCACCAGACAUGUCACCCAUUGAGCAUGUUUGGGAUGCUCUGGAUCGACGUGUACAACAGCGUGUUCCAGUUCCCGCCAAUAUCCAGCAAGUUCGCAACAGCCAUUGAAGAGGAGUGGAACAACAUCCCACAGGCCACAAUCAACAGCCAGAUCAACUCUAUGCGAAGGAGAUUUCGUGCUACAUGGGGCAAAUGGUGGUCACACCAGAUACUGACUGGUUUUCUGAUCGACACCCCAACUUUUGUGUAAAGGUAUCUGACAAACCGACGCAUAUCUGUAUUCCCAGUCAUGUGAAAUUCAUAGAUCAGGGCCUAAUGAAUUUAUUUCAAUUGACUGAUUUCCUUAUAUGAACUGUAACUCAGUAAAAUCUUUGAAAUUGUUGCAUGUUGCGUUUUAUAUUUUUGUUCAGUGUACCUCUAACUUCCUUCAUACUGGACACAGAGACAUAAAAAUGGUAUCCACAAGUUCAUCUGACUCUGGGGAAGUAGAUAAAGGGCCUCAUUGCCACAAUCCCUAAGUAUCCCAUUAAGCGCUUUCCAGACAGGAAGUGAAACUCUGGAGCGGAUAUUGCCAAAAUUAGAGCAGAUCCUAUUUUCCCGCCUCCACUAGUCCGCUUUCACGUGCACGAGGACUGCCGACCGCUCUGCCAGGAUACAAUUCCCGCCCCCGCCUAGCUCCAUUGAAAAUGAAAGGGAAACUCUGCCGCCGCUUUCUUUCUGGAAAGCCCUUUAGUCCGCCACCAGUGUAACUAUAUGCUGUAGGGAGAUUGAAGUGUGUCCCUGCUCCAACUGUAGAUGGAGACAAAUGCCACUUAAUUGAGAUUUCAACCAACAGUGACUGGUCUCUCACUGGAAGUUUUAUAUGCUUUUUCAACCAUUGGAAGUGAUUUUAAUCUUUUAACUUUUCUUUGGAUGAGUGAGACAUUACCUGUCUGAUUCCCCUUAAUGAUCUCUCUUUGCUAGUAGUGUUCCGAGUGUUUUGUGGCUGAAUGGUAAACUGUCUCUUUCAGGGCAAUGAUCAGAUCCGAUUUGAGCUCACCUGCUAUGCCCUCUACCCUGAGGUCAAAGUGAGUUCUGUUUUCAACAGCCCCAUUGCAUUAACACUUGUAUAACUGUCCUAUCAUUCAAUAUUACUUCAGAUAAUGCACCAUACAAGUACAUGAAUAACCCUCCCUCCUCUGUCUGUCUCCCUCAGAUUAUUGCUCCGUGGAGGAUCCCUGAGUUCUACAAUCGCUUCCGUGGGAGGAAGGAUCUGAUGGAGUAUGCUGAGGUAACACUUCCACAUGGUAGGAUCUCUUCAUACACACGUUGCCUGGCAGUGAGUGUAUGAUAGGAUCUCUUCAUGUUGCCUGGCAAUGAGUGUAUAACCACUUUUCCAUCCACAGUUUUUAUGCGAGUGAAGUCAUAACGUAUAAAGAAAAUCACUACAGCUGUGAUGGAAACAGGAAGUUUCAGUACACUUUUAUAAAGAUAAUUUGUUCGUUCGACAUGGUGGGAUCUUUCGGGGUCUGUACAAUUUAAUUAUGCGAGAAAUGGCGGUGGUAACGCUUUUAUGGGCAAAUAUUGAUAUAAUAACAUCAUAUCGAAAUAAACUUGGGAGUCAAGCAAUGAUAUGGUGUGUGGUCCUUCCACUACCUCUUGGGGAAACCAUGCAGUUUACACUACAUAUUAAAUAAAUUAUGAUGAAUGAACUUCACAGGGUGGUGAAAGUGCAAGGUGAUGAGCUUGAUGCUCCUUUCCAAUAAAUAUCGAGGAUCUUAUUCUGGUGACAUGACGAUCGAUGCUUGACUGCCGUUUGACAAAUACAAAUCUCUCUUUUGUCCAUAUUCUUAUCAUGUAGACUAGCCUACCCACACUGUAUCUGCCAGCUGUUGGCUAGAGCGCCAAGACCAGAGUAGGCACAUUUGCUAUUUAACGCAAAAGGUUUUGACAAAACUAUCAGUACAGUUGAUGGAAACCCAUUUUAAAUAGUUUUUAGUUUUUAUUUGGUACAUGGGAAUUUAACUACAAAAAUAUUUUUUUAUGUGCACUACGUCAUCACGCACAGCCUUUUAUCCGCAACAAGUCAAUUUGAUGGAAACACAGCUCUGGUGGGAAAAUGCACAUCGUUUUUGUGCAUAUUUUAGAAUAUUUGCAUGAAACUCUGUCGCCAAUUGGGUGGAAACCUAGCUAGUGAGUCCUCUGUAGCUCAGCUGGUAGAGCACGGUGCUUGUAACGCCAAGGUAGUUGGUUCGAUCCCCGGGACCACCCAUACACAAAAAUGUAUGCACGCAUGACUGUAAGUCGCUUUGGAUAAAAGCGUCUGCUAAAUGGCAUAUUAUUAUUAUUAUUAUAGUGAGUAUAUGAUAGGAUCUCUUCAUGUUGCCUGGCAGUGAGCGUGUUGUUCUCUACCCUGCCCACUAGAGGGGGAUCAUGGUAUUUCAGUGAGCUGAAAGUCCCCUGUGUGCAUCUCACUCCAGUUGCCACUUUAUCAUGCUUUUCUCCCUUCCCAUAACUUGAUUCUACAACGUUGAACUUUAAAUAACAGAAGGACAUGAUUUAAGUCUAAUCAUCAAUCACAACUGUGAAAAAACAACUGGAGGUGAUCUGAUUGGUUUGACUGGUCAGAACUUUGCAGAUAAUGUAUUGCACAGAGCAGACAGAGUUGAACUGUCACCUGGUAAAUAUUCCAUCUGUUCCCUGUUGUCAUUGACUCUUCUCUGGCCUUUCCAUCACCCCCAGAAACAUGGUAUCCCUGUGCCCGUCACCCCUAAAGCACCCUGGAGCAUGGAUGCCAACCUCAUGCACAUCAGGUGAGAAGAACACCAACUAUACUCGCAAUACUUCAUGGUCAAAUUAAGGUUGAAGAAAAUAAAGUUUUACAUUCUUCUACAAGAAAAGUUAGUAACUUUGGGCGGUAUCUCGGACGGCCCUUUAUUGUAAUUUUCUACCACAUUAGCUAUAUCCUGUAGAAUGACAAAGGGAAUGAAUGUGUUCACCAACAUCCUUCUCAUUGUCUGUUUUAACAGCUACGAGUCUGGAAUACUGGAAAAUCCCAAGGUAAGAUCUUGUUCCUGAUACAGUGUCAAAAACCUAACACCAACACAAUGGUGAAAAAUGCAUGAAUGAGCAGGCUGAGUAAUCACACAGGCCAUUGAUGGCACUUAACCCAACACCGCUCACCAUUCACCCCAGUGCCAUAUUGAACAGGUUGUUACUCUCACAACCUCCUGCUGUCUCUAAAUCAGAAGAGGGAGCUCCUCAAGAGUAGCAGGAUGGGAUACACUGGUCUUAGGUUCACAUAA